GACACUUCCGGUGCUCUUUCUGGUCUUCUCUGUAAGGAGCGCUGCUGCCCGGUUGACGGUGGCUAUGUCAGACACAUGGAGCUCGAUCCAGGCUCAUAAGAAGCAGCUGGACUCGCUGCGCGAGCGGCUCCAGCGGAGGCGCAAGCAGGACCCCCUGGACCUGAGGAAUUCAGACCUGGCUCUCAGCCCUCCCUUCCGAAGCGACAGCCCGGUGCCUUCGUCCGUUACACCCAGCACUGCCACUGAGCCAGGGGAUCUAGUGACUGACCCUGAGCUUGAGAAGAAACUCCUGCAUCACCUCUCCGACCUUGGGCUGGCGCUACCCACGGAUGCCUUGUCCAUCUGCCAUGCCAUUUCCACGCCUGAAGCCCCGGCCACUCAGCGGAGUGUGGAAAGCCUCCUGCAGAAGUUUGCAGCUCAGGAGCUCAUUGAGGUGAAGCGGGGGCUCCUCCAGGACGAUGACCAGCCCAUGUUGGUCACCUACGCCGACCACUCCAAGCUGUCCGCCAUGAUGGGCGCCGAGGCCGAGAAGAAGGAGUCCGGAGAAGGGGUUGGGGCCGGAGGGGCGAAGAGGAGAGCAGGGGACCAGGACGCCGGGAUCCCCGCCUCUGUGUCCGGGGCUGUUCCCUCUGCCUCGGCGUCUUCGGAGCUGCUCAAAGAGCCCCCCAAGAAGUCUCGCAAGCAGGCCUCGGACCUGGACCUUGAGAUCGAAAGCCUGCUGAGCCAGCAGUCUACGAAGGAGCAGCAGAGCAAGAAGGUGAGUCAGGAGAUUCUGGAGCUGCUGAAUACGACGACGGCAAAGGAGCAGUCCAUCGUGGAGAAGUUCCGCUCCCGAGGCCGGGCACAAGUGCAAGAGUUCUGUGACUACGGAACCAAGGAGGAGUGCAUGAAGGCCAACGACGCCGACCGGCCAUGCCGAAAGCUCCACUUCCGCCGCAUCAUUAACAAGCACACGGAUGAGUCGCUGGGGGACUGCUCCUUCCUCAAUACUUGCUUCCACAUGGACACCUGCAAAUACGUGCAUUACGAGAUCGACGGCUGCGCCGACCUGGACGCCCCCUGUGGGCGGGAGCUCAACUCAGGCCAAGAGCUGUCACUACCCCAGGCGGUGGGGAGAGACUCCAGCGUCGACCGCCUCUUCCCCCCACAGUGGAUCUGUUGCGACAUUCGCUACCUGGACGUCAGCAUCUUGGGCAAGUUUGCCGUGGUGAUGGCAGAUCCGCCCUGGGACAUCCAUAUGGAACUUCCGUACGGGACGCUCACGGACGACGAGAUGAGGCGCCUCAACAUCCCCAUCUUACAGGAUGAUGGGUUCCUCUUUCUAUGGGUCACUGGCCGGGCCAUGGAACUGGGCCGAGAGUGCCUCAAUCUCUGGGGGUACGAGCGGGUAGAUGAGAUAAUCUGGGUGAAAACGAACCAGCUCCAGCGGAUUAUCCGGACAGGGCGCACAGGCCACUGGCUCAACCACGGCAAAGAGCACUGCUUGGUCGGGGUGAAAGGAAACCCGCAGGGCUUCAACCGAGGUCUCGACUGUGACGUCAUCGUGGCAGAGGUUCGCUCCACCAGCCACAAACCAGAUGAGAUCUAUGGUAUGAUUGAGCGGCUCUCACCUGGGACCCGCAAGAUCGAGCUCUUUGGACGACCCCAUAAUGUCCAGCCCAACUGGAUCACCCUCGGUAACCAGCUGGAUGGAAUCCACUUGCUGGACCCAGAUGUGGUGGCUCAGUUCAAACAACGUUACCCGGAUGGAAUCAUCUCUAAGCCCAAGAACAUGUAGAAAAGGGGGGGGGGGAGAAGGCAGCAUGGGUAAGACCCCACUGCAGUGGACCAAGGCUUGUUUUUUGGGGGGAGGAGCAAGGAAUGGAUUGUAUUCUAAUCUUAUAGUUUUGUAAAUAAAACAAAAAGGGUUCCUUUUCCAAAGCCAGGACUUAAGAAUGUGGGAGAAAAACAGGAGCAAGGCACCAGUUCCCGUGGGAAGUUGCUGCUUCCCUGCUCUAUAGGCCGUUGUUGCUUGAUAGGUGAACACUGUGGGGCUGCAGCGCCAUUGAUCCUAGUGUGCAUUUGUUGUUAUAUGCCUUCAAUUUGAUUACGACUUAUGGCGACCCUUUGAAUCUUUUUUUGGAUAUAUUCAUAGGGUUUUCACAGCAAGAGGUAUUCCGAGGUGGUUUACCAUUGCCUUCCUCUGAGCCUACAGCACCCUGUAUUCCCAGGCAGUCUCCCAUCCAAGUACUAACCAGGCCUGACCCUGCUUAGCUUCCCAGAUCAGAUGAGAUCGGGCAUGUUCAGGGUAGUAUGGCUGUGCCCCUACUGCUGUAAGAGACCAAACAGCAACCUUGGAAGUAGGUAUAUCCUUCACCUGCAAGGGGAACAGGAUCAGGAGCAGUUUCUGGGGCGCGCAAGGGCAGCAGGGAGGGGACAGGCAAGGUCUUGUCCCUGGACUUUGGGUUAUCCCACUGAAAGGCACAUAGGAUCAGCAGCUACAUCUUGCUCCCCUCGCUCCCUUUUCAAAGGUGGAGCCGGGACAGGGGGAGAUCGAUGCAAAGUGAAGAUAAUUCCUUGCUUCUCCUGUCCAUAUCCUUUGAAGUUGGACAGUUUUGCUUUGGUUCUGCUCUGCCGGGUGCCUGUCGCCACAGGGCAAACUGCAGUGGAGGACCUGUUUGCCUCCAUAGCCAGCAUCUGGGUUGGGGACUCAAGAGAGCCCAGCUGCUACAGAGACUACCCCUCCAUGCCUCUGCUUCUGCCCCCUAGUGUGGGGCUGGAGACAAGAGAAGCCUGACCUUACAAUCUGCCUAAUCAGCAGUCUGGGGUUGCAACGGCCAUCAGGCACAGAGGGAGGCCCCAUGCGGGUGCCGGAGAUGGGGGGCAGAGGGCUGCUAGAGUUCUACGCUCGGACUGGCCAAAUGCAGAGCCAAAACAAAAUGCCCAGAUCCUCUGUCCCAUUCGGGAGGAAGGGAUCGUUUCUCCCUCUCUGCAUCUCAGUGCCAGGAGGAAGUGAACGAGAUAAUGCUUGUAUUCCCUAAAUGGUGAUAUUGGAAGGGGGAAGGAUCCAGGCAGGUAACCUGUGACUAGGGUUGCCAGGUCCAUGGCCUGAUCCUGUAUCUUUAGAAGAGAAAGUCAGCCAAGUGCAGGUGUUCUUGCAACACUGUAAUGGGAAAAACCACAAGGUGGAAUUCUCCCUUCCCCCUCCACAACUUUUAAAGAUGCAGAAGACCUCUUGGUUGCCAGGCCUGGCUGCCAAGAAAGAAGCUUCAACCCCUCUUGCCGCUGCCUACCAACCCUCUUUUACCCUGGCUUUGGAGAAUCUGCACGUAGCUUCACGGUAACCUUUUGGCAGCCUUGCUGAGAAUUGCAUCUCUUCCCUCCCUCCCCGUUCCCAAAUUCACUCAUCCACAAAAUUCACCAGAGCUGAAGGAUUCUUCCCUUUUCUGUCCACCAGCCCUGCCCCAAAAACAGCACGUAGCAAGCCCUGGCCAAUAUCCCUCUUCCAGCUUUAAUUAGCUCCAUCAACAGAAACAUACCAACAGAUGGCGUAUAGAAAAAGAAAAAUAAGGUGGGCAGAGUGUGCAGCACCAAACAGGACCAUGUCUUCGCUUGUAGAUGGGCUCCAGCCAAUGAACCAAUCCUGCCUGCCCACCCCAUCCCACAGUAGCAUGGCGAUUUGUUUUUAUUUUAUUCUUUUGGUCGUCCUUGGAAAAAAAGUACGUAGGAACACAAAACUCGUUUUUCUCCACCCCACCCCCCAAUUCCUGCCCCAAAAGGGUGGGGGCUAUUUCACAAAGACAACGUUGUUGUUGGAAUUGCGGGAGGCCAGCCAAGCUAGAAACACAUCCCUGUGAAAAAGAGAGACGGAGGAAGGGAGGUAAGUCAGAGGCUUCCUAAUAUAAAUCACCAGACAUACUACAGGUAACUACACGCAGAUACUAACGCCAAAAGCUUAACGCAGCAGGGAUUGCAAACCUGUGGCCCUCCAGCAUCAAGCCCCCGAGAUCGCGACAAAGUGAAGCCAGCGCUAGUUGGGCUAUUAAAAGCUUCUCUCUAACCCGACUGGCUGGUGCAUUUUCUUUAGCCUGGUCUCAAACCAUGUGGUUUGGCUUGUGUUUGCUAAGGCAGCUGACGCUAUUAGCUCUGCUAGAUAUAUUCAAGUAGGGCCUGUUGUGUGUGUGUGAAGUAGGGUUGCCAGGUUCAGGGCCUGAGACUGAUCCUGUAUCUUUAGG